UAAUUUCCAAAUCAUUAGCCAAAAUCUGCGCAGUUUCUACAUCAAAAUGGUUGAUAAUGAAAUAGAGAAUUCAUAUCGUGUCUCUCGUAAUGAAAUCAGUUCACUUAUUAAGGAACAACGGCAGCUUAAGUCCACGGAAAUUAAAUUGAAAUCAAUGAUUGAAAAAAUUAACAAUCAAUUGAAUCAACUGUUGGUCGAGGAACUGCAGUUAAAAUCCAGAGAGUUGGACCAAAAAUAUCCCGUCAAUAGUGCAAAAAACAUGGCAAGCAAUUCUGAAUCUCCGGCAACGUCAGAUAUAAACAAACAAGCUUUGAAUCUGAAUGUUCAUCAUAUCACUUUAUUAAAAUCACUAGAAGAAAGCGAAGAAGAUGACGAACUGUCUGUGAUAACUUAAAAUAAAUUAAUGUUCA